AUGACCCCGAUAGCGCCUCGGCAACUUCUGUCCUGUCAGCCACAAACUGGUGCAUCAGGCAGCCAAACUAUCACGACUAUUCGUGGCCCACCUCGUGGCCCUGAUGUUUCAUUCGAUACGAACCAACAACAACAGCAGCAGCAGCAAUCAUCACCUGCCAUCUUACGUUUACAAGGAACCAGUAGCCGAGAUAGUCAGAACGUCCAGUGGGCUGAAGGCGUUGUCGACAACGAGGGGAUGAACCGGAAGAAGUCAAAAGUUUGCUGCAUAUAUCACCGACCUCGUGCUGUUGAUGAAUCCAGUGACGACUCUUCAUCGUCCUCCGAAUCCGAUUCUAGUUCGUCCUCGGAUGAUGAUUCCGACAAUGGUUUGUCGGCGCGUAGUGAUGCGGAUCAGGCGUUUCGGGGCCUGGCCGGCGUCGCAGGUAACAACAAUGGGCUGACAGGCCACAAUCGGCACCUACCCGAUCGCCCUGACAAUGUGCAACGUGCUUAUAGCACCAGUGGUGAUGAGGCCGACUCGCGUAAUUUCCGUGUUCGGCGUGGUAACGGCAAUGGAGGGAAAGGAAAAGGAAAACGAAAGCCCAGCCCUAAUGCAUAUGAGAAGAUACCGCCAUAUAGGAAACCAUCCACGACAGGCGUCUAG